UGCUCAACAUAAUGAACUAGCUACCGAAAUUUAUGCCAAAGGGCCACAUAUAAUCAAAUCAGGCACCUCAAUAUUGGAAAAUACUACCAGAUUCUCUAGACAAUUCCCAAAGCGGGGUGGUGGAUAAAUGAAUCUUUAGCUUCAUUAUGGUGAAAUUGCGUGUUUUCAUUUUGUAGAAGGAUAUUGGCUUUACAUUGAGAGGCUUUAAUGAUGGUUGGAAGCCCAAGGAUCAAUGGACGUAUCUUUUCGCUGCUAAAGGCCGGGACUGGCAAGAAGAGAACCAUUAUCGUUGGUCUGAAAUCUGAUAACUACAGCAGAGAAAUGCUUCGCCGCUUACUAAGUAGUUCGGUAGUGGUGCCAGGGGACAGUGUGCUGGCAGUUCAUGUGCAAGAGUCGAAUGAUGGCUUUGAUCCAAACACUUUCCUCAUCCAUGAAGAUCUCUGCAAGUACAAACAGGUGGAUUUCCAAGUAAAGCUUUGUAACGGAAGCUCAUAUAUAGUCGAAUUGAGUCAUCAGGUACGCGUACACUUUGCCACAAUUCUGGCAGUCGGGUGCAGCAGUCAAUGGCCCAAAGAUUCAACUGUUAACAAAUGCUUAAAGGCAUUGCCUCCAAGUUGCUCCCUUCUGGUUAUGGAUAAUGGAGGUAAAAUCUUAUUGCAGAGGCAAGGAACUUCUCAACAAGGUUCUGUAACUAGAGUACUCCAGUCUUCUGUGUCAUCCCUUUCCGAAUUUGGUAGCCGUGACCAUUCAGAGACUAGAUUUCAUCUUCAGAAAUCACGGACAAUGUCAUGCCCCUCAACUUCAUUACCUGUACAACCUACUGGAAGCAAGAAACUGCUCAGCAUUAGGAAAAACCUAAGCUUUCCAGGUGUAACACAGAAAUUGUUUGAGAGGUUAGCUACUUUGGAGGUGAAGGGAAACAGCAGACGCUUUACACUGGAAGAACUAAGGCGUGCAACUAACAAAUUUAGUCCUGAGGUGUUGAUUGGAGAGGGAGGACAUAGUAAGGUUUAUCGAGCCGAACUUGAUGAUGGUCAGGCUGCAGCAGUGAAAGUGCUUAACAUCUCGCAACACUCUGAUGAGGAUCUCUUCCGGGAGGUGGAAAUGCUGAGCAGUUUAAAACAUGAAAACAUAGUUCGGGUUCUAGGAUUUUGUUAUUGCAAAGAUAUGCAGGCUGUUGUCUACAAUUUACUCAAAGGAAGUCUAAGGCAAAGACUAAAACAGCUGAGGUGGUCUGAGAGGAUGCAACUUGCCAUUGGUGUGGCGAGGGCACUGGACAACCUCCAUUCCUCCUCCCCUCCUGUCAUACACAGAGAUGUAAAGUCGUCUAACAUACUUCUCUCUGAGAAUUGCCAAUCACAGCUAUCAGAUUUUGGAGCAGCAACAGUACUCCACCAAAACAAGCAAACGUCGUCAGUGUUCUCGAAGCCAAUUCAUGUGGUUGGAACUUUUGGUUACCUGGCCCCAGAGUACAUGAUGUAUGGCAAAGUUGACGAGAAGAUAGACGUGUAUUCUUAUGGUGUUGUGCUGUUGGAAUUAAUCACAGGGAAAGAGGCUAUUCAGGCGAAAUCUAUGUCUAAUCAAGAGAGCUUGGUUUCAUGGGCAAGGUCUCUUCUUAGUAGCGGUCUGUGUGAACGCUUGAUUGAUCCUAAUCUAAACCAAGAUUAUUGCCAGGAUGAGAUGAAAAUGAUGAUGAUUGCCGCCCGUCUAUGCCUCCUGCAUUCAUCAUCUAGAAGGCCAACUAUGAAGACGGUUUUGAAUCUGCUCGAGGAACCAGAUCAUUGGCUCGCAAUGCCUACCAAAAGAGAAGAGCUCCUAAUUAUAAACGGUGAUUCCAGAGAAGAAAUAGAAUUUUGCAGCAGACGUAAAGAAUCAGUUUUCAGUGAAACUUUGUUAAUGGACGAUGGAUAGCUAGCCGUUUCCCAUCCGCAGAUACACUUUCACUAUAAGAUGCAUCAAAAUCCAGCUCGCGUGCCUUAAGUUUAUGUACAUUUCUAGGUGGUAAAUACUACUAGUAUAUGUAUCCGUGGUGCUUAUUGGUUUUGUAACAUCCCACUCUGCAGGAAACAGAACCAUCACCUGUAAAGAGCGAAUGGUAAAACAAUCUAUAUGUUUCUUGGAUUCCAAUUACAA